ACCAGGGAGGGUUUCAUGAGACUGUUCUCUGGUUCCUCCUCUCUGCAUGGCUGGAUCAGCUGUGAGCUCCUGAAUCAGCCCCCCUUCGAUGCUUGUCACCAACACAUCGACACGGACGCCUACGUGGCCGCCUGCAACAACACUUUGUGCGUCUACCCGGCGGUGGACGGUCUCCACUGCCAGUUUCUGGAGGCCUACGCCGAGUCCUGCAGCCUGAAGGAGGUCCCACUGGGGGACUGGAGGACAACGGUCCAAUGCCCUGCUGUCCCUCAGGUCUCCUGUCUGGACCAGUACUGCAGUGAGCACGAGUUCUGUGGAGAUCUCCUCGGUGAAGCCAGCUGCUUCUGUCGGGCCUUGUUUGCCUCCAAGUUCAACCCGACCAACGCUUUAGGCGAGCAGACAGUCUGCACGCAGAACUCUGCCACUGUGACUCUGGCUGAAUGUCUGCUGCAGGACCGACGCAUCAACUCCUCCGUCCUCCACCUCAAUGACCCCAACUGCAAAGGUCACUUGGACCCACAAACCCACAUGGUGGAGUUCAGCUUCGACACCAGCAACACCUGUGGGGCUGAGGUUUCGAUGAACAACAGCCAAAUCCUCUACAAGAACACCAUCAUGACGAGGAACGCCUCUCAGAACGGCAUCAUCACCCGGAAAGACCAAGUACAGAUCGACUUCUCCUGCUUCUACACAAAGCCAGACGUCCAGAGCCUGUCCUUCAGGAUCAAAGACAGCUCUGUGGUACUGCAGGUCGUAUCCGGACCUUGGAACUACACCCUGACGAUGGCCGCCAACACCGACGGAGGACUCCAGAACCUCGUGGAGUCGAGCACCGAGCUCCAGCUGAACCAGAAGGUGUGGCUGCAGCUGAAGGCGGACGGGCUGGACGGCGACGCUGUUGCCAUAGUGACCGACUCCUGCUGGGCCACCACCCAGCCGUCCACCGACAGCAGCCCGCGAUACGACCUCGUCAUCGCCGGAUGCCCCAACAAAGCCGACCAGACGGUGACGGUGGAGGGAAACGGACUGGAAACCUCCAACGUCUUCUCUUUCAACGUGUUCCAGUUCUCUGGAGAAACAUCUGCCAUCUAUCUGCACUGCAAAGUGGAGCUGUGCCCCAAAGAGGGAACAACCUGUGCUCCGACCUGCCCUGCAAGCAGUAAAAGGAGGCGCAGGUCUUCCAGGUCCAACACUGCAGCCCUCAUCACUAUGGCCUGGAGUAAUUAAAGACCGCUCCCUUCUGACCUUUGACCUGCUGAUUCCUGACAGAAGCUCCAUCAACCAGCCUCAAACCUCACGGCUCUUCAACAGAUGUUUGAAGAUGUUGCUGCUGUGAAACAACGCUGGCAGGUCUUCAUGUGGUCACCUGGGACGAUGCUUUCAUUCAUUCUUUAUAUAUCCAAUGAUUCUUGCUAAUUAUUACGAGAUUUAGAAAUGAAACAUAAUCUCUGGUGAAAUAAAUGAUAGAAAAAUAGAAUGAAAAACCAAUCAAAGAGGGUUUUAAGGGUCUGGUGCUUUAAAUACAUAUUAAUUCACUUCUUUAAACAGCCUGAAUGAACCUGGUGGAAGCAGCAACAGAAUCUGCUGACAUGGAAGUUACUCUGAGUGAAGGUUGUCAGUGCAAACUGUGACUGUUAUUACACAAGGACGUGCUGUUGUUUAUUAUGUUAUUACUAAGAGCAAAGAAAACACCAAAAAUAUAAUAAAGGGAGUGGGAAAAACAA